AUGGAUGAAAAGAGAAAGUCAUCAAAGAAGGACACAGGUUCAAGCAGCCAAGCCUCUUCUUCCACAAGGUCAUUAUUCUCAAGGAGUAGCUCCACUUCUAACUCUCCUCUUCUUAGAAGCUUGUCCCAGAAGAAUUCUUCAUCUUCUUCCAAAUGCAAUAAUAACAAUCUUCCUAGGAGCUUCUCACAGAAGAACCCUUCCAUCGGUCGCAAAUGCACCAAUAUAGCCAAGGAACAGAAAGCACGGUUUUACAUCAUGAGGCGGUGUGUGGCCAUGUUAGUUUGCUGGCACAAACACGGGGAUUCAUGA